GUGCAAGUGCAGCCCACAGUCUACACAGCUCUAAACUGGGAUUCUAAAGUCCUUUUUCAGUAUGACUUGGAGGAAGAUGAUGAAGACCAGCAGGCAGAACAGUGUGCAUUUUACCCUCAGCUGACCAGUUUACCCUUUGAAGUACUGCAACAAAUAGGUGAUCAUACAAUCUGACGAAAGUCUCAAAAGAAUAUUAAAAUGAAUUUUACUGUCCUUUUUGCAUGGUUUUAUUUAGUUUGGCUUCAUGUCAAUUUGUCAUGAUCAAAUCUUGUAAUCAAUGUUUGACUCCCCUCUAACAAAUUAUUUUAGUUGAAUUUGUCCAGGCUUACAAUAUAUUUAGUGAUUGUUCUCUGGGAAGUGGCCUCAUUUGACUCAUUCAUUUGUCUGUAACUAGUGCUGAUAGCAUAUUUGCUCAAUCACAUGUGAAACCUGGUGGGUUGCAAGUUCAAAAGCUAGUUGGCAUUUUGAAUUAACCCUGGGCAUCUAUGCUAUUCGUAGUGUGAAGCAAACAUUGACCUUUUAUGUUUUUCCUUUUCCAACAAAAUACGACUAAAAAAAAAACCAGCAUUUUUUUUUCUUUUUACUUCAGGGAUAAACAAAAAUAUUUAUAGACUAUGGCCAUAUCAAGAUUGAAGUAAGGAACAAAAAAGUAAAAAAAAAGUAAAAAAAAAAAAUUGAUUAAAAGAUCUCAAUAAAACCAUAAAUUAAUUUUUUUUUAUUUGUUUAAGUCUUUACUUUGCUUAAGGUUAAGAUAGAGAUUAGAUUCAUAACCAUAAUGACAACUCACUGAUCUGUGUGAAUCCUCAAUAUUUCUUUCAGCCAAACAUCUAGACAGUUUCAGCCUGUGCAAUUUGUCACUUACAUGUCAUUUACUGCGGGAUGUUUGCUGCAGUCUGUUGAAUGACCAUGGGAUAGUGCUACUCAACUGGCAGAGGCACAAGCAUGUGGAG